AUGGGAGACAUCAGAGAGCCGACACCAGAUUUGGACCGAGGCGUCACAAAUCCAACAACGAGCAUAGUCAACGAAGCGGCGACCAACCGGCCUGUGAAUUUCCCUGGAAACCCUCCGCAGGCUACUGCGACUGUGUCUUCCACUACAAGCAGUUCAACUGCACAACCGACCGGGAAGAACAUGGCCAUACAGUGGGAUUUUGAUUGGAACAUGGCCCGGUCGUUUCCUGUCCUCGUGGCCGGAGACACUGGCGCGGUGCCUCAUACUAUUAACGCGCUAUUAAUGAGCGAUCUGGUCAUGGAGAAGGGCGAGUGGUCUUAUAAGCAAGCGAAUGGCACAGAAGUGAUCCUUGUCACCACCUCUACGCAGAGCAAUCAAGUACCGAACUCUGGCGACACGGGAGAGACUCGAGUUCGCCAGACCAAUGACCGUUCCCUUGAGAAGCUCUCCGGAGUGCCAUAUGGCUCCGAGAUGCGCCUCACCCUGACCUGGCUGUAUAACGGCGAAACCGGCUGGAGCAGAUCGGGCAUUUUCACCGUCGUGGAACCGGCCGGAGAACCAGAAAAGCGCGAGGAGUUGGAGCGUAUUGGGUUUGAGACGGAGGAGGUCCUCCCAGAUGAAGUCUCUCGCAUCCUCAAUGGCGGCAGCAACGUCAUCCCAUUGGACCCAUCAAACACUGACCUCACUUCGGCUCCGUCAACGACAGGCAUCGCGUCUUCUACAGACGACGACGCCGAUUCGGACCAUGCCAACGAUGGAGGAGGGCUCUCUAUCGGUGCCAAAGCUGGCAUCGGCGCUGGUGCUGGCGUCGUGGGUCUGGCACUCAUCAUCGCGCUCCUCUGGUUUUUCUGCCUACGAAACCGCCACAAGAAGAAGGGUCAUGUCAGCAAGAAUCCAUACAACACCGAAGGUCACGUCUCUGAGUACAUGGUCAACAAGGAGACCACCGGCGCUCGCGUGACCGAGUCACCUCACUCGCCUUACUCGGACGAUGGCAGUCUUGCGCAGCAGCAGCAGCAGCAGAUUCAGAACCAGACGGCAAGCUCCUCGCCACGCGAGACCACCGCAUUCGUCACCAGUGCGGCAGCUGCGCCCAGCUCGUCCAGGCACAACCUUGAGCGUCAGAGCGAGGGGCGGGAUCGUGGCCUUUCCGAAGCAACGCCGCUAGCGGCGUCAACGCCACGCAGUGACUCGCAGCAGCAACAGCACGAAUCGGCAAGACCAGAAGCGCGGUCCGCGACCCCUCAGGGCGUCAACUCGAACGUAUCGCACCUCAUCGAGGAUGGCAUGACGGAGGAUGAGAUUCGGCGACUGGAGGACGAGGAGCGGCAGCUGGAUGCGGCGAUUGAGCAGCACGGGCACGGCCGGCGCCUGGCAUGA